AUGUUUAGCCUCACAUCCAUGUUUCUUGCUGUUUACAAGAACUCUGGAAAACGCCGUUUAGUAAAGCAAUUGCAGUUUUAUCAACGCAUCGUCAAAAUGAAGACUCACAACAGGUCAGCAGUCACAUGGGUGGCAUUGGUAACGAUUGUGUUUCUUUUGUGUUACGGAUUACUGAUACGUUGUAGUAUAGUGGUUUUAACUGGUCAUCCUUGUAAAGAUUUUCACUAUAAAGUACCUCUACAAGUUGUAAACUCUGGAAUAAACCCUAUAGCUUAUGCUUUCUUCAAAAGGGACAUAAAGCAA